AUGCUAAGAAAAUUCAUAAACAAUAGUAGAUUAACACGAGGAUUUAAUCCGAUAUAUCGCAACACUUACCAAAACAGCCAUUUUGACAAUGGAGUCACAAGGCACUUUACAUCGGAAUCGUUUAUGCAAACAGUAAUAAACCAGGUGAAAAAGGAUUUGGAGAAGGAUAAGAGUCUGCAGGAGGCAAUGGAAAAGUUAGAAAGCGAAUCGAACCUCUCGGAAAAAAUAUCGAAGCUGUCAAGCUACAUCGAUAAGACGAAGGACUUCAGCAGAAACUGUAUGACGAAGAUAUCGGAGACGAAAGAAAACUCCGCGGUGAUAAAAAAGUGCAUAGACUCAGCCAAAAACAUAGCAAUUGGAUUCGAUAAGAUAUCAAACUACCUGUACGACGAAAAGGGGCACGCAAAGAGAAUAAAGAGUAAGAUGAACCUGAAAAGUAAAGCAAAAGCAGCGAGACCAUCUAAGCCGGCAACAGAACACACUGCAAUUGAAGGCGCGGCUAACACGGAGGAGCCUGAGGAAAACAUCGAAAACGCACUAGUGCUGGCAAAGGAGUCAGUAUGGGAACGAUUUGGAAGUAGAAUAAGAGACAUGCCCUUUCUGUCACAAUUCUUCGAAAAUCCAGUCUUCUCAAAACUAUUUGGAGAGUCUAGCCUAGCAGCAGCGCUGGGAGAAAUGAAGAGAAUUGAUUCGAGCUUCAACCUGCCGGACCUGGUGGAGCUGGUGGAACACGUAAUAGCGCCGCACGUAGUAGAGUGUUACCUGAAGGGGGACCACGAUGCUCUCAAACUACACUGUGGAGAGACCGCCUUUAACAUUCUAAACACAUCAAUCAAAGAACGCAAAUCACAAAAAUUGGAGCUAGAUCCUUCAAUUUUAAUACUGAAGGACGUGGAGUUGAAGGGAGGGAUGAAAAUGAAGGAAGGGGAACCAUGGCUAAUAUUUAAUUUUACAACUCAGCAGAUCAACUGCCUGAGGAACAGUAAGGGCAAAGUGUGUGCAGGUAGAAUCGACGAUAUUAGAGAAGUGGUGUACUCAAUAGCAAUAUCAAAGCAUCCCAACCCUCUCGACACACUGGAGUAUCCGUACCUGGUAGGAGCAACUACUUGA